AUGAUAAGCGCUCUAGACUUAUACCAUGUCCUCACAGCCGUAGUUCCACUCUAUGUAGCAAUGAUCCUCGCCUACGGUUCAGUAAAAUGGUGGAAAAUCUUCACACCUGACCAAUGUUCAGGCAUAAACCGUUUUGUAGCACUUUUCGCAGUUCCACUUCUCUCAUUCCACUUCAUCUCAACCAACAAUCCUUAUGCCAUGAACUACAAAUUCAUAGCAGCUGAUUCACUUCAAAAACUCAUCAUCUUAACCAUCUUAUUCAUUUGGUCAAGGUUAAGCUCAAGAGGGUCGUUAGAAUGGUCCAUAACACUCUUUUCACUCUCAACUCUUCCAAACACACUUGUGAUGGGCAUUCCUUUGUUGAAAGGAAUGUAUGGUGAUGAUUCUGGUACCCUCAUGGUUCAAAUCGUUGUUCUUCAAUGUAUUAUCUGGUAUACAUUGAUGUUGUUUCUUUUUGAGUAUAGGGGUGCUAGGAUUCUCAUUGGAGAACAGUUUCCUGAUACAGCAGGCUCUAUUAUUUCCUUCAAAGUUGAUUCCGAUGUUCUUUCUUUGGAUGGGAAAGAGCCUCUUCAAACUGAAGCUGAAGUUGGUGAAGAUGGGAAACUUCAUGUUAAAGUAAGAAAAUCAACAAGUUCAAGAAGUGAGAUUUUCUCUAGGCGUUCUCAUGGUGUUAACUCUGGUGUUUCUUUGACACCAAGGCCUUCUAACUUAACAAAUGCUGAGAUUUAUUCUCUACAAUCUUCUAGAAAUCCUACACCAAGAGGCUCUAGUUUUAAUCACACUGAUUUUUACUCUAUGGUUAAUGGGAGAAAUGUGAGUCCUAGACAAUCUAACUUUGGAAGUUUGGGUUUUGAUGAGGAAAGUGGUGUUGGUAGAGUCAAUGGUGGUGCUAACAAUGUUAAUGGUGGAAAUGGGUACCCUACUCCUCAUAGUGCUGGAAUUUUUUCACCUGUGGCUAAUAAGAAAAAGGGCCAUGGCGGUGGUGGCGAUGGUGGAAAAGAUCUUCAUAUGUUUGUUUGGAGUUCAAGUGCUUCACCUGUUUCUGAAGGUGGGAUUCAUGUCUUUAGAGGUGCUGGAGAUUAUGGGAAUGAUCAACUUAAUGGGGUAGCUCACCAAAAAGAUUAUGAAGAAUUUGGACAUGAUGAGUUUAGCUUUGGAAACAGAACUGUUGCUAAUGGUGUGGACAAAGAUGGACCUGUGUUAUCCAAGCUUGGUUCAAGCUCAACUACUGAGCUUCACCCUAAAGAUGGAUCUCAAGUUGAAUCUAAGCCUACUAACAUGCCACCUGCAAGUGUUAUGACAAGGCUCAUCUUGAUUAUGGUGUGGAGAAAGUUGAUUAGGAAUCCUAAUACUUAUUCUAGCCUCAUUGGUCUCAUUUGGUCUUUGGUUUGUUUCAAGUGGAAUGUUGUUAUGCCUGCUAUUGUUGCUAAAUCAAUAGCAAUUUUAUCCGAUGCUGGUCUUGGAAUGGCCAUGUUUAGUCUCGGUUUGUUCAUGGCAUUGCAGCCGCGGAUUAUUGCGUGUGGAAACACGGUUGCUUCUUUCGCAAUGGCGGUUCGUUUCCUAACCGGGCCGGCUGUCAUGGCUGUUUCAUCCAUUAUUGUAGGACUCAGAGGAGUACUGUUACACAUUGCUAUUGUACAGGCUGCUCUUCCCCAAGGAAUUGUUCCAUUUGUGUUUGCCAAGGAAUACAAUGUUCAUCCUGACAUUCUUAGCACUGGGGUUAUAUUUGGAAUGCUAAUUGCUCUUCCUAUUACACUAGUUUACUACAUUUUGUUGGGGCUUUGA